CUGUCUAUUAAUCUGUGGUAAUUAUACCUUCGCAAACACACACACACCCACAUUCACGUAUUUUCGAAGGAUAUAGUUUGACCCGUCGAUCCAGCCUGACCCAGCCUGACAUAAGCCCAUCGCGCGCAGGCGCAUUUGGUCGGACAAUGUCAAAGCAACUGCAUCCGAAUACGUCUUCCUUUUACGCGGUGUUAUAUAGUUAAUUGCUUGCUCCAAAUUACAUCUUAUCAAAGAGGAACAAGAUACAUCUUGAAUAUGAUGCCAGUUGCUGGGGUUAUUUAUUUUCAAUUUUGACACCGGUUAUUUGCUUCCUCGCAGCUGAUUCAUGCAACGUGCACAGUUGCGGAAAUGUCAGUGAAUGACAGGUCGCACCUGUGACUCCGUCAGCUCGAAGCUUUGGUAUCAAAAAAUAAUUAAAAUAAUUGGCUGACGGCACAUUAAAUAAAAAAACAAUCCUAAGCUUCGUAGGAGAGAAUACUGAUUAUAUAAAAAUACUUAUGUGCAUGCGAUAUCCUUUGACAGAUAUUUACACACAAAUAAAUGUCCAGUUAUGACCUUUACAUGUAACUGUCAACGAAGCGAGAAUACUUGAACGAAGGAACAAUAAAAGGAAGCAAAUAUGGUACGGGUGAUAACAGUGCAUAACUUCCUGGGGCAAAAUGUCACCCAGAUCGAGGAACCUACAGCGUCCUGCACGGCCAUCAGCCAAAGGCGGGAAAUGCUCCUGCUGGCGCUGCCCACCCACUGCGUAGAGGUGUGGGAGCUGAUGAAUUCAGAUGUAAAACUGCGCACCGCCUUCCCCACAGUAGACACGAUCAAUCAAAUGGUGCACUGCACUAAGGGCGAUUACGUCGUGACCCUGGAAUCAAAAUAUCUCAGAGAUCCUGCGAGCAAUAAUCAUGCGAAUAAAGUCACUUCUAAUUUUGUAAGGAUUUAUGUGAACUGGGCUGCGGUGAAAGACCAAAGUCAGCCAAUGCGGGCCAGAAUCGCCGGACGAGUCACACCGAGCCUGAAUCGGCCCUUAAAUAGUUUGGAGAUGAUAGAACUACCUCUGAACAUGCAACCCACGCUGAUCGCCUGUUGUCAAAGCACUGGUAACUUGUUGGUAGCCUCAGGAAACACCGCUAUCCUGCACGAAUUCAAGAUCGAGACGCAACAAGUGUCGAAAAUGAAAUUCAUAGACUUCGAGCCUAGGCCAUGGUCCUUGGGAUUUUCCUUCGUACCAACGUACAUGGAAAUUGUAGAAGAUUUCAUAGCGAUUAUGGAUAAUGUAAAUCUGUCCGUUUUUCGUCUCACAAAUUCCAUGUACGAAGAUAUUGACCAACUUAGCUCUUUAGCAUCUACAAAUUCUUCUUCUAUCGAUAAGACAUCCAUAUCCACAGACUCGUCUCUAGUGGAAAAUAGUAAUAGCUUUGGAAAUGAAGAUGCAUCAUUGCAAGGGACAAAUACAAAGCACAAAUCUGUAGAUCAAGAUUAUCAAUAUGCGGCGUCUGAAAAUAAUGAGGCACCGGUGACCGGUGUAAAAUCUAAGGAUAAGAAGCACAAAGGUACAAAGGGAAAUGCAUGGUAUAAAUUAGAAACCGCUAAUUUGAACAGAAUGAAGCCAAGUAAUAAUAAAAAUUACAUAGACUGGGAACACUUGAUAUACAACGAGAAGGAUGAGAUGCAUAGGCUGAUUACUCAUGGAAUUAUUGAGCCCACUUCGCAACCGUUAACCGUGAAUUUGCCAUUGAUAAGUUCGGAAAGAGCUGGACCGGGUCACGCUCUCAGUCCUUUCGUUCUAAAUUCAGCAGACAUAAGAAUCUUCAUCAAGACAACCUCGCCUGACGUCGGUUGGUCUGAAAAUUACAUAAUAAAAAAUUUGUUAUGCCUUAAAAUUAACACUGGCAAUAAUAACGUCAAGGUAGACAGAACUCUAGAUAUCUUCAAGUGUCUAGUGAUGAAGCCAUUGUACAUGAAGAGGGAAUGUAACGUCGCUGGCGUAAAGAAGUCUAUGUUGAAGUCCGACAAGUACAGAAAUUUGCAAGGUGUAAGUUGUUUCGUUUGCACUACACAGGAGGGAUACUUGUAUCAUUUCUCGGCGGCGAGCAAUAAUUCCCUGGACGCAAUGUGUCUGACCACUUAUCCAUUCACCGCGCCUGUUCAUCACAUAGCGUUGGAGCACACGAUACUUCACGCACUGACCGAAGCUGGUCUCGAGUCCUAUACAUUGCGUCUCUCUCAUCACAUUGCGAAGCUCUCAAAUUACUCGGAUAACGUCAGAGUAACUUGCCCCAGCAUCACCGAACCGGUAAGUCUAAUCGGUCUGAGGCCGUUCCUGGGAAUACAAAAAUUAUUGCAUACGAGAACUUACAUAGUGUUGCUGGCCAAGGCUGACAGCUCUUGGACCAUGUACUCCCUGAAUCUACCCAAGCUCGAGAACGUCUAUCUCGACAUUCUGAACGCGGCGAAGAAUCAUAAAUCCACUAGUCCGAGUACCUAUCGACACUUGCUGGGCGAGGCGCAUACCCUGAUACGUCUAGCGAAAGACGUGUCCAACAGUGAUCCAGACAACGAAGAUUUCGACGAUGCGACACACAAGAACGAUCUGAAAUUGAAGAAUCUCUACAAUCAAUCCUGCGCGUUGCUCGCCGAUUACUACAUUCGAUCAGAGGCCGAAUCGGAUUGGGACUCAUGUAUCCCUUACUACAAGAUGUCAGGAUUGAAGCCUUCGGAGGUGUUGUCCAGAAAGUCCUGUCAGAACGCACCGGGGCUUUUAACGUUCCUGGUAGACGCGCUCUUCACGAUGAAAAGUGGACCCGAAGCAGACGCGCUCUUCCAAGGGUAUAAUAUUAUAGAGAUCAUUUGUACACUGGAAAAGGAGGAUCUGCUGAAGCUGAUUUUCGGCAGUCCUGUACUGAGGGAGUACGCCACCGAGAAAUUGAUAAGUCUUUUACUGACCCACGAGACCGAUGACGCCGUGAAACUUGCCCUGGCGCUCCUGUACAUCCAGGCUGACAAGCAGGACCAGGCGGAGAAGGUGCUGGAACCAGUCUCGGUCCAAUGCAUCAAGCAGCUUAUCUUGGCUCAUUGGGAACUGCUAUUCGACGUAACCGCGAUGAAGAAGAGGAGUCCCAUGAUCCCGACCUUCUCGGACUUCGCCGGCACCCUGAUGUUGGUGAAGAACACCACCUUCGCGGAUAUUCUCAUACAGAUAAUAGAGGACGGAGGCGCGUUGUCGUUGCACCAGAUCAUACAGGUGUUUUUGGAGUAUCUGCCGUCACGGGUUGGGAGAGACGGGCACAACGCGGCCACGACGUUGCAGGUCUUCCUCGAGAAAUACCUGCACGAUUAUUUCAGCUCGAAGUCGAUGACCGAGUGGCCGCUGAUCGUGAGCAAAAAUCAAAUUCGCUCGGAUUUCGCCCUCGUCGAGGCGUUCAAGCUUCUGGUGCGAUCGUACCUGGGCAAAUUAACUCAGACCAAAGUGUACAAGACCGAUCCCAAGGACGAUCAGGGAGAGAACGACAAGGAAUACUUCAUGUUCGCCAAAUAUCGACCCGGCUAUUUGAAUAAGAUGCCUCCGUACGCCAAAGAUUACCAGAAGAUCCUGAACUUGAACGACUUUAAAGAUUUAACGAAUUUUAAUAAUGCGUCCAAGAGCGAAACCACCGUACCUAAGGAACUGUUUAAGCUACAAUCUCUAUUAGCCUGUGAAUUUUUACCGGUCGAAUGUUUGCACGAGGUCAAGCAGUUCCUCGAGACGCAAAGCAUCGAUGGAGAUUUGUCUCUCAAGAUCUUAUGCAUUCAGAAUACAGAAGAAACAACAGCGAUGCUAAUGGAUAACUGUCCGCAAGCUGUGGUACAGUACGCAAAGGAUAAAUAUACAAAGGACACCGAAUGGAAAUAUCUCAUCGAAUUAACGCAAGAUAAGAUUACUGCUUCAAUAAUGCAACAGGAACUACAACUUUUGUACACACAGAUUAUGAAGGAAAUUUUGAAUUAUCUGCCGCAUACAUUAUCUAUGAAGAGUCUUCAUCGUGUAUUGUCGAGGGACGACGUGGCGACGUUUCAACGAUGCACCGAGAUGUGUAAUCAAAUAAUGCACGCGGAUCACGUGAAGUCAUUGAUAAUGGAAACCGGGCAACAACUUUUGACAACUCUAAAGUUGUGAAGAUAGAAGUAGUAGUUCAUUAAAUAUUUCUUAGCAAAUUUCUAGACAAAGAAGUGAUAUGAUUGAGGAAUUACAAAUAUAAAUUCCAGUAUCACGUUUUUAAACAAUUAUAUAUUACGGAAGACUACUUUGUGUGCACUUAUACUCGUAAAUUAUUAUACUAUUUCUACAAAUGUUUCAGACAUAUGUUCCUGAUCAAUGCAGUUACACAUAAGCUAAUGUUCGUUAGUUAAUAGUUGCGCCGAUUGCACUCAUUUUUAAUGAUGAAUUAAUCAUCAUCAAUUAUUAUCAAAAAAAACUCAACGACAAAUACUAAACACAGAAUUCACCUAUAAUUGUUGAAUCGUCUUCUAUAUAGAUAUAUUAUAUUAUGGUUAGAGAUACGAGAAAAUUUGUUCCAGAGCAAAGAUGCAAUCAUUUCAAUAUACAAACAUGAAAGUAA